AUGACAGAGCAAAAGCAUGAUAGUGUAAAGAAAGUGGAAGAUGUCAGUAGAGAUAAGAGUAAAGUAUCUGAUGAAGAUCUGAAGCUUGAUGCACUAGGUAAUGAGAUAAAUUUAUUUGAAUGUUUCUGGAACAAUGUAGGCUGUGAUAAUUCUGUAGAGAGGGUAAAAAGUGUAAAGAAAAAGACAGUUAAUGUAGUAAAUGCUGAUAGAGACAAAGAAGGUAAAACAGAAAUAAGUGAAUUAAAAGUAGAAAACUUACCCAAAAGCCUUAAUAAGGAAGAAGUUGAAAACGAUGGAGUUCAAGCAUUAAAAUAUCAUCAAAAAUCUGCUGAUGAGAAAAAUUUUAGUAAGAAUAGUUCAACAAGUGUUGCUGCUGAAAUAAGUAAUAUGGAUAUGGAUGAAAAAGAAAUACUUGAAAAAAACUUGGAAUAUAUUGAAGGUGAAGAACCUAAAUUGGAUGAAAAUUAUAGAUUAGUAAUUGACCAGGAAAAAAUAAUUGAUAAAUCACUUGCUGAUUUGAAUAAGCUAGUGAAUACUGAAUCAGAUGAUUCAAUAGGGUUUAAAUGGUAUUUACAUGUAGAUGAAGUGGUUGAAAAUGAAGAAGAAGAAGUGAGUCAAAGAAGGGAGAUAGUUAGUGGAACAAAUAAAGAUAUGAACAAUACGAAUAAAUGUGCAGAAGUGAUAAACAAUGAUAGAAAAGUAAAAUGUAAGAAGAAUGAUUAUAUAGAUGGUAGGAGAAAAACAAAGAUCGAUAAAACAAUUAAGAAUAAUGAAAGAAGCUUAAAGAAAAAGAAAGAAUAUAGAAAAGGUGAAUGCUUACUUGAAAUCCAAAUAAGAAGUGUGUUUGAACAUGGGAGAAUGUUAUUAUAG